UCUCUCUCUCUCUCUCUCUCUCUCACACUGCUACAAACUACAAACACACAUCUCCAAAAUCCCUAGAAAACAGUCCCCACUACUCUCUUACCCAUUCUCAUUCCCAUUCCCAUUCCAAAAUCUCUCUCUCUCUCUCUCUCUCUCUCUCUCUCUCUCUCUCUCAUCCUCCAUUCUUCCUCCUCCUCUUCAGAUCUCAAGGGUUUUAAGACCAACAAGGAAGGAAGGAAAAAAGGAGUGGGCAUAGGGGAGUCAGAUGUCUGAUGUGAGAUGAAGAAGAAGACCACUCUCUUUGAUCUUUCUCUUCUUCUUCUCACUACUGCUUUCUCCUUCGCUUCCACACUCUCCUCCAGCCACAUUAUCACUCAUGGAAGUCUCACCGACGCCGAGGCCUCCUACAUCAAGCAGCGCCAGCUGCUCUACUACCGCGACGAGUUCGGCGACCGCGGCGAGCUCGUCAAAGUAGACCCUUCUCUCGUUUUCGAGAACCCUAGACUCCGAAAUGCUUACAUAGCACUGCAGGCUUGGAAGAAGGCCAUUCUCUCCGACCCUUACAAUUACACUGUCGACUGGGUCGGAUCUGAUGUGUGCAGCUACACCGGGGUGUUCUGUGCUCCGGCUCCCGACAACAGCUCGAUCCGAACCGUCGCCGGCAUUGACCUCAACCAUGGCGAUAUUGCUGGGUACUUGCCGGAGGAGCUUGGGCUGCUUACAGAUCUCGCAUUGUUCCAUAUCAACUCCAACAGGUUCUGUGGGACUGUGCCGCAUAAAUUCCGCAACCUGAAGCUGCUUUACGAGCUCGAUAUCAGUAACAACCGCUUCGCCGGCAAGUUCCCGCAGGUUGUGCUUCACCUCCCGGAGCUCAAGUUCUUGGAUCUGAGGUUUAAUGAGUUCGAGGGGACUGUGCCCAAGGAGCUGUUCGACAAGGACUUGGAUGCUAUUUUCAUCAACCACAAUCGCUUCAGGUUCGAUCUGCCGGAAAAUUUCGGGAACUCGCCGGUUUCCGUUAUUGUUCUGGCCAACAACAAGUUCCAUGGCUGCAUUCCGACGAGCUUGGGCAACAUGUCGAACUUGGAUGAGGUUAUUAUGAUGAGCAAUGGAUUCAGGUCGUGCUUGCCGGAGGAGAUUGGGAUGCUGAAGAACUUGACGGUGUUCGACGUUAGCUACAACCAGUUCUUGGGGCCGUUGCCGGACACAAUUGGAGGGAUGGUGAGCCUCGAGCAGCUAAAUGUGGCUCAUAACUUGCUGUCUGGGUCGAUUCCGCCGGCUAUUUGCUCGUUGCCGAGUUUGGAGAACUUCACUUACUCUUAUAACUUCUUCACCGGCGAGCCUCCGGUGUGUCUUGCCUUGCCUGGUUUCGACGACAAGAAGAAUUGCUUGCCGAAUAGGCCGGUGCAGAGGUCUCCGGCGCAAUGUAAGUCGUUCUUGUCUAAGCCUGUCAACUGCCAAUCGUUUGGCUGCAAGUCUUCACCGACACCACCAGUUCUUGUUCCUUCGCCUCCAAUUCUUACUCCUUCACCUCCGAUUGUGACUCCUCCGCCGCCACCUGUCCUAUCACCACCGCCUCCAUCCCCUUCACCUCCUCCUCCACCUGUUUACUCACCACCGCCCCCGCCACCGUCUCCUCCACCACCAGUUUACUCACCUCCUCCACCGCCUCCUCCAGUUUACUCACCACCGCCGCCACCAUCCCCACCUCCUCCAGUAUAUUCACCACCGCCCCCACCACCAUCCCCACCUCCUCCAGUAUACUCACCGCCUCCACCGCCACCUUCUCCUCCACCACCAGUCUACUCCCCACCACCACCACCACCUCCAUCUCCGCCUCCACCGUCACCUCCCCCGCCAGUUUACUUGCCGCCACCCCCUCCACCACCAGUCUCGCCGCCAUAUUGUGUCCGUUCCCCACCACCUCCCCCACCAAGUUCACCUCCACCGCCUUCUCCAUUAAGUUCUCCACCUCCACCAAUUCCUUACAUGUACUACUCACCACCGCCUCCUUCACAUUCACCUCCGCCUCCACAUUCGCCUCCUUCACAUUAUCCUUAUUCAUCACCUCCACCUCCACCUGUCCAUUCACCACCUCCCCCUUCCCCACCGCCUUGUAUAGAACCUCCUCCACCACCACCACCUCCUUGCGUUGAAUUACCCCCUCCGCCGCCACCACCAUCGCCGCCACCAUGUCCUGAGUCCUCCCCUCCACCUCCACCGCCCUACCAUCACAAACCACCACCAUCUCCAUCACCACCACCAUCCCCAGUGUACGAGUCCCCUCCCCCACCUGCAGUCCACCACCAUUCACCACCGCCGCCGGUUGUUCAGUACAGCUCUCCACCACCACCAAAUUCACCUCCUCCAUAUAUUUAUGCAAGCCCGCCGCCGCCUCCCACUCCUGUAUAUGAGGGCCCAUUGCCGCCAAUCUUUGGAGUUUCAUACGCGUCUCCCCCGCCGCCACCCUUCUAUUGAUUCUUUUACUCCUUUCUAACCUUUGCUGGAGCACCAACAAGCUCGAAGGUCGUUGUCAUUUUUUCUCUUUUGGGCAAUUCUCGUCGCUCAUUUGGAGAAUAAACUUGGAAAAUCAAAACACUGUAAUUGAGAUUGCAUGCAAUUCUGGAGUCAUCAUCAUCGGCGACAACAAAUGUCUCAGGAAGAAAAGAACCAAAAAAAGAAGAAGAGGGUGAAAGCAUAGACAUGAAUAUCACUAUAGAUUGAGAGAGGUAAGAGGAGAAAGCCUCUCCCAUAUUUAUUUGAAUUGUUAUGGAUAUUUUGAGGUCGUGAAAUAAAAAUGGCAGACAAAAGAGUAGGUUGCAGAGAAUGUUGUAUGUAUAGAGGGAUGCAUGAAUUCGGGCUACAAACACAGCAGCACCGCCUUCUGCCUCUGCUGCUGAUUUGUGGUUUUAGGGUUUUUAUUGUUAUUGUCUCAAUUAUAUCAUACUUUUGUUUCUUCUCUUUUUUCAAAUUCUAUAGUAUAAUCACGAACACUUUACUUGUAUUAA